UAGAAUCACGAAAUACGCAAGAAGCUUUCACACACCGUCCGAAAAAUUACUCAAAUAUUCAAUAACUGUCCUGAAGUCUACAGAAACCGUUUUAAUCUAUCCAAUAUGAGCUAAUAAUGCGCAAUUGGUGAAAAAUUGUGUGAUAUUCGACAGUGUGGAAAGAGAAUCGAGUCUGAGAAUACAGUCAAAAAGAAGACUCGAUCGAUUCGAACGCCGAUCGAAAGCGAAAUGAAAAAUUCCAUGAGAUCAGGGGGUGGAAGAGUGCGAGAAUAAAAAAGAAGCUUCGGGUCGCGCAGGAGAGUCGAGAGCUUUCCCGUUAUGCGCCUCCUCUCUAAGCCGAUUUCGAGCUGCCGGCCACAGGCCGGUACCGCUAGCUUCCCAGAAAUCGACGCUCGAUAAUGCCUCUCGAUACGGAUGAAGCAAUCUCCUCUACUGUCGCACAGCCGCGAGAGGGGAAAAAAAGGCCUCCGACAGAAGGGUGGGGAAACAAGAUGCACGGUGGGGGAAGUCGCACAUAUAGCCGAUACACCACUAGCUCAUGUUUUAUUCAUCGAUUCAAACAAAUUCGAAGCGUACUCUUCGUCGCGUGCUUCCUCCUCGUCACCGAUAACGUGGUUGUCCUUCUCUUAUCCGAGCUUUCAGGGCUAUACCUUCCCGUUCAGGGAUGCCUGGACAAUUUGGACUUUGCGAGAUCCCUUCUUUCUUCGACAAUUUUUUUAUUUCACUCGUUUUAACGAAAGAUUUGGCAGAUUUCUUUUUCUGUUUCUUCUCGUUUCAUUAUUGGGUUGUUUUAGGUGAAAUUGUUGGUAGAAUUGUUCAUCACUUUGUUUUAGGAAGUGUUGAAUAUUUUGAUCGGGUUAGUUGGUUGUUUCGUCCUUUUUUUUUUUUAAGAAUCUUUAGACUUGAAGGGAUUUUGUAUGUGUCUUGAUUUUAUAAUCUUUUUGUACGAAAUGAAGAAACGACGUUAAGGGUUUAAAAGAAUUAUUCGUAAAUUUGUUCUAAUAGGGGUUGAAUUAUCAACUCUGUUUUUCUUAACAUUUACCUUUGAAAAUUGAAGUUUGUCUAAUUAUUAGGAAUAUUAUUUUUUGUAUGAUUAUUCACUGGUUUGCUUUAGUAAGGAUUCAACUGAUUUUUAAACUCAUCUCUGGAAAAACAAAGAUCGAGGUGGAAUACGACGAGAUUCCACAUCAAUCAAUUUUCUACUGUUGGUCAUUUGUAACAUUUUCAGGCCUAUAGACUUUAAAAUCUUUGCUGAUCGUAAGUAGACAAAUCCUGAGAACUUGCCGAAAACUGCUUUACGUUUAAAUAGGGUCGAAGUUUAUCCUAGGACCUUAAGUUUAUUCUUUUCCUGGUACCAUUAAAAAAAAUCGUGGUCAUACGCUUCCAUAAAUUCGCGAAAGUUAUUUGACAAUUCAAAACGUUCCGAAGAAAGUUCUCGAACUGCAAAGUGGAUCAGGUAGAUCCAACGUCAGAAGUAAUUGCGUCUGACUUAAAUUCAAUUCUACUGAACUGACCUACUAUGAUCGCCGCGUUCAAUGUUGACGCACGACCGACCAUUUUCACGAAUAUCUUUUGACGAUGAUAUCUAGAAAAUCGGGACAAUACGCAAUUGUUCCAUCGAAUAAGCGUUUGUUCGUCAUUGACAACCUAAUUUUUGCUGAGCGGAUUUCCAGAGACAGCUAGACUGUUCAAGGACUGAUUAGCUCGAACUUGUGAUCGAAACUUUACAUUAUUGCGGUCACCUUCGUCUUAUAUUCUCUUGAUCUCCUUAUAGUACACCUUUAUUUUUUAUUUAAAAUUUUGCACAUAUUUUUCAAAGAUUGUGCGUUUAUUAAUUUGGCAUCUAUUUAGAUUUUAGAGUAUAUUAUAAUAAAUAUAAUUUUAAAGUAAUAUAAAACAUAUAUGCAAAAUUGUAUUUGACAAAAUUAUCAGAAAUAUGAAAAUUUUCGACUUGGAUAUCUUUACUCCUAGCACUUCAUUCGAAGACAUUGUCACGAUGAGUGUACAAAUGUACACAGUAAUUCCAUUGAUCGAUUCAGCUCACUAGCAAUUGAAUCAAAUACCUUCGUUCGAAAAUAAUUUUUCCAUCGAAGCAUUUUAGUGAAAAAUCAUGAGUAUAUUAUCUAUUAGUGUCGAGUUUCAUUUCCACCUAUGCCAGAUUGAUGACAAAUCGAAUUUUUCCAAGAGUUUAUCGACUCAACGAAGGUGACACGUCGUUCCUUCGAUUCUUUUUACUAUUUAUAGUAACGACCGCACAAAUGUUAUUUAUAAUAUCGUUGUCAAUUCUACUGUCGCAAUAGUUGGAAACAUCAGUGAAAGGAUUCUUUUUCCUCCUUUUUCGUCGAUCAGAACCGAACGCGUUCGCCUCCCAGUGCUCGUCGCAGAAUUGCGUAACUUUCAUUCAACAUCCUGUAGGAAGAAAUUUCAGAUUCAAGAAGCGAUUGAUUUUCUUGGAGAUAGCGGAAAACGUCCCGCCGAUGACGACUACGAAAUUUAUUUUAUGGUCGUAAACAAUAUGUCUGCCUUUGCAGUUUGCAUUCGAGCAUAAAUCAGAAGCAACAUUUUCCUACGUGUGAUCACGUUUCGAUAUUUGAUCCUUGAUAUUUAGUUAGGAUCCACCGAGCAUAACGAUAAUGAGACCACGUAGAAACUGCUACACGCUGGUACAAGAGACGGUACGAAAGAUCCGAGACUCGACAAAGAUCGAAUAAGAUCGUUGUCGAGGAAGAUGAAGAAGCAAAGGACACGGUCUACCUACAAUUUUCCAGUUGCUGAAAUUUCGUCGUAAAAGGCGAGCGGCAAUGCUCGGAAGGUUUUUCUUCGCUGCAACUCGUUUUGCUCUAUCACCCCUGUGGCCCUUAAAUGGCCGAGCGAAAAGGCAGCGAGCAGCUCAGCGAGGCUAACGAGCCCAAUUUCUCGUCUCCCCCGGCGGAAAAACGAACGAUUUUCGGGUACAGCCUGUACGACGAUGGCACGAAAGGCCCACUCUGGAUCAGCUUGCAGAACCAUAAGCAGGGUCCCAUAUCGAUAAACGUCAAGUACAUCGAAAUAAGAGCGGAAUAAAGGGCGUAUGUGAGUCUGGUGUGAGAUGGGAGUGAGUAGCCGGUCUCACGAGGUGCUCGUUGGACUGGAGGCGCACCACCUUGCUGCCAGAAAACCCGAUGGCACCUUAAGGAGAGAAGUCAAGGGCAAGAAGCGUCCCUUCGUUGCCCAGUCUGGCCCAGCUUGGGCCCUACUUGGACCCCACUCCCGGCCGUCGCGUCUCCACCCCCUCCCCCACCGCCUCACUUCGUGUAUAUAUCUCUUGGUUGUAGAAUCUCCCUGCCCCUCCAGCCCCCUUCACCUUUCUGGAUCUCCCUCCCUUCCCCUCCAUACCUUCUAUCAUCCUUCCGUUCCGCUCCCUCCACCUUUCCAGCCCUUCUUCUUCGGGCUUCUCCCGACGUUCCACACACCUGAACGACCGAGAGUGUCGGAGAGCCGUCGGCUCUCUCGGUGCUUUCUUGAAAUUCGUCUCUCUACCAGCAGUAGCAGCACCAGCAGCACCAGCAGCAACACACCGGGUUGUGUGUUAUACACUUACGACAGAGUGUACGACAGAGAGACCAACUUCUCCUCCCCCUUUCGUCUCAACACGAAUCCAUAUGUAUGGGGUUGAGAGGCGCACCAGGCGACGCAAAUGUGCUGACUACAUUACGCCGCUAUAUAAGAUAGCCGGCCAACCAUCCUAUCCCCACAGACCGAGCCAGAUCGGCAGACCGUUCACAGACGGACCAACGAACCGAUCUACCGAUACUUCAGACACGACACAUCUUUUUCGUUAACACGGACCACUUCGGGAACUCAGCCGAUCACAGGGUUAGAUCAGCCAGUUUUCGUCGAGGAAACCUAUUCACCGGUAUUAUUCGAUCAGUUCGAUUUCAUCGGGGGAGGUGAUCGGAUUUUUACACAUUUUACGAUUUAUACUCAGGAUACGUCUUAGCUUGACGAUAUUUCAGCAUUUUCAAUAAUACACGAUCGUUGAAAGAGUUUCGUUCUGUACCGCGACAACAACACACGUGCCACAAAGUUUCCAAGCUUUGAAAAGUCGAAAAGGCUCAGAGAAUUUCCUUUUGAAGAGACCCUUCUCGCGAUCCAGAUACCCUAGGUCGGGGUACCACGGUUCUUCACACGAGACACAACACGAAAACAUCGGUGACGAUCGUCAGUGAGUGCAUCGACGAAGAGAAACAAGGUCGAAGAUGAUCCCUUUGACAGCCACCACGUGCUUCCUAAUCGCUGUCACCUUCCUGGCACUCGUCCUGAUCCUACUGGAUCAACUAAGGUCCAAGAAAACGACGAAGAAUGUCAUCUUGGACAAUCACAUCCUGCCGGAACCACCUGGACCCAAACCAUGGCCGAUUCUGGGCUCCCUUCACAUCCUGGGACGCUACGACGUACCCUACAAAGCUUUCGCCGAUCUUGUUAGGGACUACGACUGUCAGGUGAUCAAGCUCAGGAUGGGAUCUGUGCCCUGCGUGGUCGUCAAUGGUCUGGAGAACAUCAGAGAAGUGCUGACCAUCAAGGGACACCACUUCGAUUCCAGGCCAAACUUUACCAGAUAUCAUCUGCUCUUCGGUGGAAACAAGGAGAACUCUCUGGCAUUUUGCAACUGGUCAGAGGUGCAGAAGACCCGAAGAGAGAUGCUCCGCGCGCACACGUUCCCGCGCGCGUUCUCCACACGCUAUAACGAGCUAAACGGGAUAAUUGGUGAUGAACUGAACCUUCUGAUCAACCAUCUGGACUCCCUCUCCAACACAAACGUGCACGUGAAACCACUGAUCCUUCAUUCCUGCGCGAACAUCUUCAUCACUUACCUCUGUUCGAAGAACUUCCACCUAGAACACAAUGGUUUCCGGUACAUGGUCGAGAAUUUCGACAAGGUGUUCUUCGAAGUGAAUCAGGGUUACGCAGCCGAUUUUCUACCCUUCCUUAUGCCUCUUCAUCACAGAAACAUGACAAGAAUGGCGCACUGGAGUCACGAAAUCAGAAAAUUCGUCAUCAAGAACAUCAUUUCUGAUAGAGUGAACGCUUGGAAUGGCAUCGUUCCCGAAAAAGAUUAUCUAGACUGUCUUAUUAAUCACGUCAAGAGUGGAACAGAACCCGCGAUGUCCUGGAAUACAGCGUUGUUCGUCAUGGAAGAUAUAAUUGGUGGACACACUGCCAUUGGAAAUCUCCUCGUCAAGGUUUUAGGAUUCCUCGCUACAAGACCAGAUGUUCAAAAAGUAGCUCAGAAAGAGAUUGAUUCUCUUGGUAUCUCUGGAAUAUUCGUUGGGCUGGAGAACAGAGGGUCCUUGCCUUAUGUCGAAGCUAUCAUCUUGGAGACUAUUAGGAUAAUUGCUAGCCCUAUUGUUCCUCACGUGGCUAAUCAGGACAGCUCCAUUGCUGGCUACAGAAUCAAGAAGGACACCUUCAUUUUCCUCAACAACUACGAUCUAAACAUGUCUACCGAUCUGUGGACCGCGCCAGAAGAAUUCAUGCCCGACAGAUUCGUCCAGAAUGGAAGGUUACUGAAGCCAGAACACUUCCUACCAUUCGGUGGAGGUCGACGAUCUUGCAUGGGCUACAAACUGGUGCAGUAUCUGAGCUUUGCCAUUCUAGCUACGUUGCUGAAGAACUUCACGAUAGCACCCGUGAAGAACGAGAAUUACACGAUUCCCAUCGGAAAUCUGGCCCUGCCUGAGAUGACUUUCAAAUUUCGAUUUGAACGACGGUAGGGCCUCGAAGAAGGCGCGGAAGUUGGCCUUGGAGGAAAGGGCUGACACGAAGACUUCGGUUGCUUCGGCGAAGCUUCAAUGAGGGCAACCAUAAUGGAUCGUUGGUCCACGAUCAAGAAGGAGCUUCAGGGAAAUUUGGGAGGGACCAGCUGAAGAGAGGCUUCUGAUUUGUUUUUUUUUCUUUUAGACAAAGCUUUAUAAAGAAGGUCGGAUACUGUUUGACCUUCGUCAGCAACGAGAGCUUUACUGACAUUACUAGAUGGUUAAGGUAGCAAAUUUUUGUUGAUCGUUCAUCAACGGGGAAUAAUCCCACUUCCCUCUGAAACGGUUCGAAGACGAUCAGCCGCGAUAUCAGGAGAGAAAACUUGGACUGAAAAAGAAGAGGACUGACCCCACGGGAUGCUACGGGAAGAACAGUUGUCGUUUUAACGAACAGCUUAGGUAAACCGAGCCUUACCGGUCAUCUUCUUGUUUCUUUCUUAUAGAAUCGUGCCUUCUUUAUAAUUUUAGAACCAUGCUUACUUUAGGCAACUUUUGGUCGAUUAAUGGAGACGAUUGAGUUCCUGUUGGUUAAGUAAAAGAUUUACGCUAUAGCUUGAUCGUUGUUUGAUACUUUAUCGUUGAACGUAGCUUGGACGAUGCUGAUCAAAUUACGAUUAUCUGUCUGUUUAUCGUUUAAUAUUUACAAGAUACUGAACUGAUAGUAUUAGUAGGAUUUUACAUGUCACAAGCUACAGAUCACUGUCAUAUUAAUAGAUAAAUUGACAUAACAGUAACAAGUUUGUUUUACAAGUAAAUUAUCUCAUUGGCUUAUUUGUUAGAAAAUUAUACAAAAAAAAUCCACGAUCUACAUCUUGUAACCGUUAAUUCAAUAAUAUUAUUAGUUAGUAAAUUAUCGUACAAGAGAGUCCAGUCGCUGAAUAUUCAAGUUCCAGUUGAUCGAUUGAAAAAGUUCUACUCGAUUGAUAUUAUGUUUACAGAGUUGAUUGACCAAAUUGAUUGACCAAAAGUUACGUGAUGUAAACGAGGCUUAAGAACGUAGUAUCUUCAUCUUGAAAGCUUUCAAGAAGGGAUUAAAUUCUGCUAUAAAAAGACGAAGAUUUACGUUCAAUUAUUACGUUAUCGGAUGAUGGUCCGUAGUAAAUCCUAAAUAUAUUUUCCUGGAAAUCGAUCUAUUGAUCAAUCUACUCACUUUAUCAUUUCCUUCUUCUUCUUUUAUUUCAUUCUUUUCGAUUACUUCUUUGAUGUUAAUAUAUAAAACGUCACAUAAAAGGAUUAACAUUAACAUACAUAAAAUUACGUUGUAUAAAAUAUUAACAUCAAGGAUAAUAUUAACUUGAAUUUUUAAUAUCGAUCGAUUUCAUGGGAAUACGAUAAAUCGACGGGUGAUCCACGAAGAUCCACGGAUCAGAAAUGACCGACACUGAUUCUUUUGUUUAAUCGAACGAUCACGUACAAACCAUCGUCUGAUAACUGCUUGUUCGAAAGACGAGACGCGAGAACGUGAGCGGUAAGCACGGAGAAAACGAGACGAUUUUAUUUCACGUUAAUCGUUUCGAUCGCGUGAAAUCAGAACGAAAACACCUCGCGCCCCUCCAAGAGGGUGUGAAUUCAUCGCGCGAGCUUAUCGAUCAUCCAUCGUUUGCGGUAUUCCGAAUACUCGACCGAUAUAUGCAUCAACAUUGAUCCAAUAUUGAUUUUUUUCUGAAUUACCACGCGCAUUUGGAAUUAGGAGUAACGAACAUUUAGACCCACGAAAUUAUUUGAACAUUUAUCGUAAAAAACCUUUAUGCGUAUGUUAUGUAAAACAUUUUGAAAUUUUAUCAACACUUGUGUCAGUUUUGAAAAUUCAUCGGGCCUUUAAUAAGUCACGACUGUCCUGAUUGUAUUAGUUUAAUUCGAAACUGAUCUGGAAAUCAAGAAGCUAUAAGAACACUGUGUUAUGGAAAAUAGCAAUGGAUUGAUCUACCAAGUAUUUAGCUUGCACUAAGUAUCUUCGAGCUUCUACGUAGAUUUUCAGAGUUGUUCCAAACUUUAUCGGUAUAAUUACUAUAAUCGAACCUCGAUAUUAAUGAAAUUUUAAAAUGUUCUACACAACACAAAUAAUAUAUUAGAAGGUUUCUAUGAAUAUUGGAAUACUUUCAUGAGCUACUGUAUUCCAAAAGUGUUACAACUAAAAGUAAUUCGAUCUUCUGUUAGAUGAAUAUGAAAUCAGUCAAAGGAGGAUUUUAAGAGCUAAGAAUAGAAAAUUAUAAAAAUAAUAUUUGGCCAUUGUUUUCUACAGUCUAUUCUUUUUCUCAAUAUUAUUUGAGUUGUGUCACUUUUGAAAUGUGCGAAGUGUUCGAGAACACCUUUAAUCGUCGUGGAAUUGAUAGUCGGUUGGUUCAGAACCGUGGUGAGUUCAGCUUAUUUCUGUCUAGUUUUAGCAUUGUGUUUUGGUAUUUCAUAGAUUUGAUAUUUUAGAGCAAACACCAAAGUAUAUAGAGUGAAAUUAUUGAUAUACUAUUAAGUUAUGUAAUAGCUGUAACUAGUCACGGUUCUAGUCUCCUGUUUCUUCCAAACAAUCGUAGCUUAUCAAAGACUAAACGACGAAAUUUCUCCAAUGUUGGACCAACGUUCGUGCGAGAUAGCGUAAAAUCGGUUCUACAUAUUUCUUUCCUUUUUUUCUUUAUGACCGAAGAAAAUAUUAACGAGAACAUCGCACCGAAGCGUACAACACGUUUAAAGUUUGUUAAUUCUCGUUUCUCGACGCGAUCCUCGACGCACGUUCCUUUCCUCUUUCCUCUCACCUUCUUCUCAUCUUUGAUAUUUCUCUUUUUCUUUCGCUCCAUGUUUCCCUUAGCGCAAAUCUGACCAAUUAUUUGCACCUUACCAGUUCAUCUUUGUUUCGAAAAAAGAAAAAAGAUUCAAUGAAGAAAAAUAUAUACUUAUUUUUUUAACUAAAAAUAUAUAUAUUUCUUUGGUGCAAAAGUGGUCGCUCGUAAGGGGUGAGAAAAUGGUACAGAACGGACGAGUCCCGCGUAAGACGAGAGAAAUCGAUUUCUCUUUUUUCUUUCUUUUUUUUUAUUGUGAUUAUCAAUUAUUACACGACUGAAUGAUUUUUCUCAAAGAGAAAAGUCGGUUUCCUCGCGAGAGCUACGCUCACGUAUAAUAAUUUAUUUUUGCGCUAUUAAGCAUUGAUUCUUCUUCUUAUUAUUAUGUUAUUAUAUUAUAUUACAUUAUAUUAUUAUUAUAUUAUUUCUGCUUGCUACUAUUAUCAUCACUAUUAUCAGCAGUUAGAGUUUUCAUCCCCCUUUUUAUCAUCACAUUUCUCCACCACCCCAUAUCUCGUACUUCCACGUCCGUACGUUAUUUUGUGUUUGUUAUUUAAUUAUCGCGAUUGUUACGACAUUUGUUAAUUUAUUAUUUAAGAUUUUAAUAAUAAAAGCGACAAAUAAGA